GUCACAGGGGACUCACGUGGACGAGGCGCUCUUAAAACCUAGCUCCUGACUUUUCCUCAAGUUCAAUUUUUUGGGAUUCCCUCCCACCCCCAUCGCAUCUCGUCCUCCUACUUGCCAGUUGUGACUAUUUAACCCAGUUUACCUCUCCUUUUUCCCCUCCUUCUUCUUCUUCUUCUUCUUCUUCUGCUUCCCGGCUGCGAGUCGCGUAUCGCAUUGCCGUCCCGCGUCUUCCUCGCCUGCUGCGUUCUGUCGCUGCUCGCUGGCUCUCGGACUCCUCGCUCUCGAGUAUAUUAUUCUUUAUUUAUUUGUUUUUGGUCACGGUUUUGCUGUUCUACUUGAAGGAAUGCGAACACUUCUGUGUGGCCGCAUGACGAGCUGCCCCGGCCGUUCCCCCUCCGGUCUGACGCGUACCUGUCCAUGGUGCUGAAACGCUUCUCUCUCUACCUCCUCCACCACGGCGCGCUGCUGCUCCCAAACAUCCAGAAAUAGUCUCUUUUCUGCAUCUGUUCGUGUCUUGCUGGUGAGUCCGUCUCCUCCCCCCCCCCCCCACCCACCCACCCCCUCCCGCGAGGCUCGUGGACAAAACGCAGACGGAGUUGGUUGUUAAAAGGAAGCAGAAAGGAAUCGACGCCGACUUUCCCCAAAAGAGACUACAUCGAUCUCAGGAGGACACAUCUAGAACUAGAACACCGGAUGCUGUAACACAACUUAGCCUGGGGAUAUUUGCUCUUUAAAGAACCAGUUGGGCGACUGGACAUAGCGGAUAAGUAAUCUUCAUUUGUAGCGUAUCCAAAAACAGUUUCCUCGGUGCGAGGCGGGGGGCUCUUUCUGCUGGAUCAACUCCGACUUAGACAACCGCCCCCUCCCUCCCUAAAAUACAACUUGUACUGAAUACCAAAUGGUAGUUUGAGGAGGCCUCGACCAAGACAAUGGAGGUGUCCGCCAACGGGUCCAGUUUUGGCAUCGACUCGCUGCUGUCCCACAGGCCUGGAAGUCCGGUGUCCAAAGGGGACGGCCUGGCGGGGGAUUGCCGCUCGCCUCUGGAGUUCAGCCCGAGAUCAGACGCGGAGAGCGGCUGCUCGUCGCCGCCGUCGCCGCGGAGAGAGUGCGCGGACGAGGUGGCCCAGAGGCAAGGUCACGGCGCGGGCCUGCCGCCGCACCUCCAGCUCGCGCAGAUAUCGGCGGGGUCGCAGCAGCGGACCGUGACCUCGUCGUUCCUCAUCAGAGACAUUCUCGCGGACUGUAAGCCCCUCGCCGCCUGCGCGCCCUACUCCAGCAAUGGACAGCCGACGCAGGAGGCGGGCAGGCUGGUCUCCAAGAUAGCGGAAGACUUUAUGGAGAAAAUCCACAGCAACUCGUCGUCAGACAGUGAAUACAAAGUGAAAGAGGAGGGGGACCGGGAGAUCUCCAGCAGCAGGGAGAGCUCUCAGGCCCGGCUGAAGAAGCCCAGGAAGGCCCGGACGGCCUUCACGGACCACCAGCUGGCGCAGCUGGAGCGCAGUUUCGAGCGGCAGAAGUACCUGAGCGUCCAGGACCGCAUGGAGCUGGCGGCCUCCCUGAACCUCACCGACACGCAGGUCAAGACCUGGUACCAGAACCGGAGGACGAAGUGGAAGAGGCAGACCGCGGUGGGUCUCGAGCUGCUGGCGGAGGCUGGGAACUACUCCGCCCUGCAGAGGAUGUUCCCGUCCCCGUACUUCUACCCGCAAAGCCUGGUGUCCAACCUGGACCCUGGAGCGGCCCUCUACCUGUACAGAGGCCCCUCGGCGCCCCCGCCGGGCCUGCAGAGACCCCUGGUCCCGCGGAUCCUGCUGCACGGCCUGGGGGGCAGCGAGCCACCGCCGCCUCUGCCCUCCAUGUCCAACGUGCUUACUCGGCCAGCUCAGCAGCGGUGAGCCGGUCGCUGCGGGGUUUUUUUCUUCAUUUUUUUUUCUUUUUCUACGCCGAGUUCGGCAGGACUCCUAAAAAGAAAUGAAACAAAGACAGAUACAAAUAAAAACGGGACGAGCCAGAAGAAAAUAAAAAAACUGUUCGAGGCCUUUAUGGUGCGAGCUGGCCGAUGGAGGCUGAACCCUGCAAUGAGCUUUGUGACUCUAACUGAUUAUGUGGGAGGAUUCCCCUGUGUUUUGUUUUUGGGACAUGAGCUUUAUUUAUUUAUAACUUAUUUAUUUUUCAAUAUGAAUCAAAGCGUCUAAGUUAUGUAUUUAUUUGAUCCCAGUUUCAGUAUUUUUUGUGUUUUCCCCAACAGAUACAAUUGUUGGUGGAACUUUGACCUACCGUUCAAUGCCAAUUAUACCCCUGUUGGUAUUAUUAUUAUUAUUAUUAUUAUUAUAUCAUUAUUAUUACGUGGACGUUCAUGGAUAUUGGCAAAGUUGCAUUCUUCCAUGUCAUAUGAAUAUAAUGUAGAGGAUCCAAAGGUAUUAGUAAAUCCCCCCCUCUUUCUAAAUCUGUCUUGAUUUUUCUUUCCACGUGAAGAACAAGAUGAUCAGCAGUCAUAAAUCUGUAAAUAAGAAUAUUUUGCAUUUUAUUCGAAAGAGACGGAUUUUAAAAAGAAACCUUUUUUGUUUCGUUUUUGUUGUUGCUUCGUUUGAUCUAUUCUGUGCGUCUUUUUCAGACCGCGGGGAUCCAGUUUAAACCUAAUAGGCUAGAUUAGCCAUCAGAAACCAGUCAGAAUUAAAAAAUAAAAAUAAGCCUGGACCCACAUAGAGGCACAAACACGAGAGCUACGGAAAUAACAUACAUCUAUAUAAAGUCGGUUUUCUUGUUCUUAGUUGAAGUUUUAGCAGAGAAAAAAAAAGUCAAGUAAUUUAUUAAAAAAAGCCGUUUUAUUCCUGCAGAGGAGGACACGGCGGACGCAAUCACCUCAGUAAUAUUUACUUUAUUUGUAUUUAUUUUUGUUGCAAUGAACAAAGCGACCGGACUCGGGUCCACGUCCAGGUGUAACUGCCUGUUGAUUUGGUGUAUUUGAACAGACGUUGUGCAUUAUGCUUAUGUUACUUCAUAUGAAGCCGUGAUAACCCUUCAUUGUUAUACUCUCUUUUGGUGAAAAUGUAUAUUGCAGAUAUCAAACUUGUGGAGUGGUUCUCGUAUUUCCUGGAUCGUUUUUUAUUUUAAUUUACAUUUUUUUUAAAAAUUAUUUUCGUUCCUCUCUCCCCAAACUCUCCCAAUUUUUUUUUGUUGGUGAAAUUCACAGCAACCAUUGAACAGAAAGGGAGGGGGGGAUUUGAUGUAAAAGAGAAAUACUUUUAUAAAUGUGGAAAUAAAAGUCUUUCAUUU